AUGUCACGCGCUUGGCAAGAACACCCAGCUAAAAUACAUCAAUCAACUGGCCAGCGCGUGGCGCAUCGCCCAUCUAUCAACGCUGGCAACUGGCCACCCAUUCCGUACCAACCCCAGCAAGUUGUACAAGCGUUGCACAACAGACGGAACAAUCGUGACCCUGCCACAUCAUCGAACGCCCAAGACGUAAUCCUCAACCAACCAGGGCUGGCGAUGUUUUCAAGCCAGCAAUUGGUUGAUCGCCUAUUCCAGUCAACUGGUCCAUCAUCGCAACCCGGAUCUCCCAAGCGCACGAAUGGAAUUGUUUGUCGUGGAGUCGGGGGGCAGACUAGCACACACCAACCGACUGAUGUACGGAAAGGCAAUAAACGGUGCCUCUAUCGUUCUUGCGCUUCGUGCUGUCAAACUUUCGGAGACAAAGCAGUGUCAUGUCCAGCCAAAGGACAUGUCAUCAAGCACAAUCAGCCCGCGCCGCAGAGCAGCACUAGUGCUACUCGAAACAUCCAUCCGGUCCUCGCGUGUUUAGAACAGGAAUCGUCAGGAGAAGAUACACCACUAGCACCGCCAGCUUCUUCCGCCCCGCUACCCACACACAAACGCCUUCCGAGGAUGAGCGCACAGAGUGGCGCGCGCAUUGCCAAAGAAAUGGACCAUGCUCAGCUAGCCCGGCUUUUUGACCUACGUAAGGAGCGCACCGAAGCAAUGAAACGCGAUCAAAGGCUAGACGUUGACGAGUCUAAAGUUGUAAAGAUCAUCGCAUGGCUAAAAAGCGGGGAACCACCCAAAAUGUUCUCUUUUAUCGCUUCCAAGUGGCCAAAGUUUACCCUUGAUCAAUGCCAGCACCUUGUGAAUGACGCCGCUGUCAUUGAAGGUCUUUCGGACGCCGAUGGUUGGUCUCAAGCCCUCUCACUUUGGGAUCCCUCGUUGGAUGGAUGGGUCCUUGUCAAAGGCUCACAAAUCACGGAAGAAAAUUGUCCCCGCUUCAAGUAUUACCUUGGUUCUACCUACGACACGGCCAUUGAAGCACCUCUGGCACCCGAAACAAGCUCUGGUCUUAAGAUAGGGCAGCCUAAUUCAUCCACGGCUGAAGACGAUGACAAUGAUGAAAUCAUUGUCAUCCGCGAGGUUCGACCUAUUCCAACCACUUCCCAACCCAAGCUCACCGCGCCAAACCAGGAGCCAACGGGCACAGGGCAUGAAUCUGAUGCGAGUGUGGAAGUCGUGAGCGUUGCGAAGAUGAAGUGGCCAGACGACGAUGGUCCCAUGAGCGAACUCAUGGACUGGUUUACAUUGAUGGCCACCAUGCCUCGACUACGGGCGUGGGACGAGGUAUUCAAGUCUCGAUUCAAUCGUGGUGACCGUACUGCUUAUCGGUACGCCCAAUGGCUCCACAUCAUUGGGGAGGUCAGGCUACAAGCCUGGGAGAAACAGCAGAUUGAGAUGUCAAAUCCGGUGACCGUGGCAGCUCUUCGCCAGCAAUUCCUUACAGAAUAUGUACAAGCCGGGUGCCCACCACCUGUUCCAAAACCAGAAAAUCCCAGUGUGCAGGGUGGUCAGAAGCGAAAGUUGGGAUGGGCCCCUCUUCCUCAUUACACCACAGAUAUAAUUCUCGCGACCUACACUAUGGAACACGUGAACCCCGUUGCUGAUAGUGGUGUUCCCCCGCCAAACACAUUGCAUGCUUUGUGCGGUUUUGACCAAUCACGCUUAUUUACACUCACACAAUCUUUGGAUACACAUCAAUUGGGACGGCGAGGGCUUCCAGUCUAUGUGCCUGACCACCCCUCGAUCCACAACAACGCGUCGGUCUUGGCGAUUUGUCCUGACCCAACCAAUCUUGAUAACGAUGUUGGCUGGCGAUUUGUCAGUCAAUCGGCCCAUGUUGCGAUCACACCAGAGUUUGUCCAUAGGUGGGACUUACGCUCAACCUACCAAGGCACUUUAUCGCGCGGGGACCUCAGUUCUCCACUGGGAGUGCGAAUUUUUGACCAUAAUCAAACUCCCCUACGUGAUUACCUCAACAUUGCUCAAAUGAACUUCCAUGUUGCGGUUUCCCUCGAUGGCUUUCUCAAAGAUCUCCAUGCCCGUGUUGAACCCGGAAACUUCACGGCCGAGGAGUGGGAAGCUAUAUCACUAUUGCGUGUUCAAGAAAACGUGGUUGUGCAUAUGCACAAAGCCUUUCCAUCACCUUAUGGCAGUGUCUUCAUUGCUGGGUUGCAGGGUGUAGGACCGGUCAUUACUGAGUCCGUGGUCCACGACGUCACCCGCGGAAAUUGGAUCCAUUCCAAUCAUGGGCCCGGGGCUUUCUGCUUCCUUGCAGAAUUACCGGACCUACCUGUUGCCCCACCUUUAAGUGCUACGGGUGCUGAAUCUUGGGCCACAAGCAUCACGGGUUGGGAGGUUUGGGUACCAACAGACGAGGACAGAGAGGGAUCUGUUGAAGAUAGUGUGGAAGGGUCGCUUUGA